AUGGGUGGUGGUACUGUCGAAGAUGAAGAGGAAUCUUUUUGGUACCCUAAAUUUGCAAGAUCAUCUUCUCCUAUUUAUUUCAGUGAUGAUGUGGUUUCUGUAGAUAAUAUUUCCAAUUUACCGAAUCAUGCGGAUGAUUUGAGAAGAAGAGAGAAAGCUUAUCAAGAGAUUCUUCAAAGCCAAAUUCUGUUGCAGGAGAAACUGAGAAACAACAGCAAACUGAAACUGAAACUCGCUAGACGACAAAUUUUAAGCUACACUCCUGGAUCAUUUGCUGAUGUCAAUUUGGGCGAUUACGAUAUUCCAAAGACGACAUCGAUCAUCGUAGUUGGCCCGAAAGGGGCAGGAAAGAGUAGUCUUGUUAAUCGAAUUACAAGAGUGAUCGAAGACGACGAGUUUGCUCCGGCUAGAGCUCAAGAAUCAUAUGGUACGUUGUCGAAAGGAGGCACGUUCUUUGUUCAAGAAUAUAUGAUUCCAAGAAGAGGUUCUGCUUCGUUUUGCCUAUAUGACACGCGUGGCUUGAGCCAAAUGUCAUGUGAUAGCACUAGUAAAAUUGAGCAGUGGAUUACAAAAGGUGUUCAUCACGGCGAACCUGUGAUCUGGACAUCCGAUAGCUCCGGUUUAAGAGAUAGACUGAUCAGAGAUGGUUGUGCCGGUGGCUGCGAGAAAAGGAAAGUUAAUUCGGUUAUCUUUGUUGUUAACGCGGUCGAGAUCUUGAAAUCGAUGGAAACGAUGGAGAAUGAAGUGAGCUAUGCUCAUAUGAUCUUCACAGCCUUUAACUGUCCUGUACUAUCAUUUAAAGAUGACAAACCAGCAGUAGUUAUGACUCAUGGAGAUAUACUUUUACCGGAGGAACGUGCCCGAGCAAGGGUUUUCCUUGGAGAACUUCUUGGAAUCCCACCUGACAAACAGAUAUUCGACAUUCCAGAUAGCCGGGAUGCAGCCACGGAGCUCACAGUCUGCAACUUGCUACGCCAUAGUCUUGAACACGCUGAUAAGAAUCUUCGGUUUCUUCCUAAAAGAAACUUUACCAUAUCCAAGGUGGGAGGAGGCAUCAUAAAUAAGAGAAUGUUACUCAUGUUAUCAACUGCUUUGACUCUAUUCCUGGCCUUGGUAAUAAUCUGCUUUGUUAAUGAAUACGGCGCCCAAAACGUAGCGGAUGAGGCUCAUCACAAACUGCAUGAGGCUCCACGGAUAUACAACCUCACGCAUGAGGCCCAGACCAAGCGUACGAUUGGGCCUCCGGACAUCGAAGGACCAAGCCAUGCCAGUGCUCUAAAUCCUGAGUCUGAGUCUGAAGGUGAGCCUAGCAUUGAUUGGCGUACAACUCGACGCUUGUGGUUCCAUGAGGAGAAAGUAGCCGAGGCCAAACCUAGCGUUGAUUGGCGAACCACUCGACGCUUGUGGUAUGUUGAGUAA